AUGACGAUGACGAUUGCGCACUUCCCGUUCCACGCCACACCUGUCUUCGCGCUCGAUGCCGAUGCUAUGUUCGCGCGGCGCAACUACAGGAUCUACGAGCUCAUCGUGCGCCAGGAGCCGAAGCAGGCGAGGAUGUGUGGGGUUGGUGGGAAGGCCGACAGACGCCCCAUCGACCCCCCGCCUAUCGUCCAGCUGCGCGUUAUCGACCCGGCCCAACAACAGGGAUCUCGUCAAGGAUCUUCGUCGCACCACGGAGGGUCUCACCACGGAGGAAACCAUGGAGGACAAGGUGGAAGCAACACCUCUAGGAGGCGCCGGAACAGCUCGAUCGCAAGCGCAGGGCCGAGCGCACCUGGGUCGCCUGUCCCUCCUCACACCUCCCAUCCCUCCCACCAUAGCUCUUCGUCCUCCUCCCACUCCGGCCCCUCUGGUCCCUCCAAUACCGCCGACGCCACCAACCCCCACUCCUCCUCCGAAGACAACACCACCUCCACACAAAUCGACCCCUCAUCUUACGCCCAAUCCUUCCUCCAGAACCCGUACUACUUCAUGUUCGCGUCCCUUGCAAGGCCGGACGACGAUGCGGAGCUGCACUGGCUGAAGGAUGGGAGGACGAGGUGCACGACGGGCUCGGUGGUGUCGAACGCAGGAUUCUUCGUCUUUCCCGACCUCAGUGUACGCACCGAGGGAAGUUACCGCCUGAAGCUCAGUUUGUUCGAGGUCGUUGCCAACAAUGUCCGACACUGCAAGUCUAUUUACUCUGCACCGUUCUAUGUCUACACAGCGAAGAAAUUCCCGGGGAUGGAAGAAUCCACCCCGCUCUCCUGCUCGCUCGCCGACCAAGGCAUCAAGAUCCGCAUCCGCAAAGAUAUCCGGGUACGCAAGCGGCCCAUUCCUGCACUCUCGCAGCCCCUACCUAUGCCUAUGAACGUCGACGGUCCUUCUAACAACAACAGACGAGACGACUCCGACGACAACUCGGACGAUGAACGAGAUGACGACGAUGAUGAUGAGGGCGGUGGUAGGAGCGGACGAGGAGGUGGUGGUGGAAGGGGAGAGAAGACAGGGAGUGGGAGGAGGCGAGAGUCGAAGAGGAGCAGGACGGAGGGGAGCAUGGACGUCACGGGCGCACCGAUGCCUGCCUCCAACAACAACACUUCGACGUCGGCGGCGGCUAUCCCGGGCACGGGCAUGAUGUCAGCGACGACUUCGCCGAGUGUACCGGUACCCCCAGCGGCGCUGCCCAUCCCGCCCCCGCCGCACGCCCAACACGCGUACCCACAGACGAACUAUGCACCGCAGUACGCUCCGUACGCCCCUCCUCCUCAGCAGCAACCCCAGCAGCAGCAGCAGAUGCCCUGGCCCCCCGCGGCGUCGAUGAACCCGAGCUUGGGCCCAGCGAUCCCGCCGCCCCCGCCGAGCGCGGUGCCGCCGGUGUUGCCUGUGCAGGGUGGAGGCGGAGGCGGAGGGCAAGGCCCGGGUGUAGGGGCGGUUGGAAGCGUGGGCGUAGGAGACCCUGGGGGACUGCCUGGGCCGAGUGUAUUUGAUGGGAGGGGAGGGGGGUUUAUUGGUGGGUUUGAGCAGCAGCAGCAGCAACAACAACAGCAACAACAACAGCCGGCGUAUGCGGUGCCUCCGCCUCAGCAGCAGCAGCAGCAGAUGGCGCCUCCGCAGCCGCCGCCUCAGCAGGCUCAGCAAUACGCGCCUCCUCCGCCGCAAGCGCAAGCGCCAGGUCAACAGGCACCUCAGCAUCAGUAUGCUCAACCGCCUGCACCGGCUCCUGCUCCAGGACCGUACGGCGCCACUCCGCCCCAGCAUGCACAGUGGGCCUCAGCAUCAUCAGCAGCCCCAGCACCCUCAGCAGCAGCAGCAGCAUUACGCGUACCCGCCCCCCCCGCACAAGCACAAGCCCACCCGCAGCAUGCAGCGCAUCAGGGCAUGCCGCCCCCGCCGCCCCCGCAGCAGAGGUACGACUAUGCGACGGGGAUGUAUACGACGCAGCCUCCGCCCCCGCCCCCGCCUCAGCACCAGCAGUAUGAUUACUAUGCGCAGCCGCCCCCGCCGCAUGCGCAACACCACCAGCACCAGCAUCAGCACCAACCACCUCCGCCUCAGCACCAGCACCAGUACGCGCACCACCCCCACGCGCCGCCCCCUCCGCCCCCGCAGUAUGCACCUCAGUACGGCGCCCCUCCGCCGCCAGGACCGAGCGCGUCGCCGAGUGCGUUGCCCCCGCCCGCCAUGGCCGGUGCACCUCCGCCACCAGGAGCCCCAGGAGCUGCCCCGACGACGCCGAGUACGGCACAGGGCCAGCCGCCCGCACCGACGGGGUAUGAGUAUGGCGCACCGAGGAGCGCGUCGCCAACGAGGACGGGGUACGCUCCGGGGCAAGUACAAGCGUACGCCCAGCCGGGGUACGCGAUGCACCCGCCUCCGCCGCCCAUGCACCCAGGCGCACCCAGGCACCCGGGGUAUGGGCCGCCACCGCCGGCGUAUUCGUACGGGUACGCGCCUGCUCCUGCACCAGCGCCGGCGGGACAGCCGGAGUGGGGCACGCCCCCCGGUGCGCCCGCACCUGCGUUUGGGGUCGCGCCGGCGCCGCCCCCGCCUGCACCGCAGGGAUGGGGCGACCCGUACGCGCAUCAUCAGCAUCAUCAGGCGCCGCCUCAGCCGCCUCAUCCAGGACAUCCUGCGGUGCAGGCGCACCCGCCCCAACACGCCGGGCACGGGCACCCUUCGGCGCCUCACAGCCAGCAUAACUCGCCCGUUGCGUCUACGACUUCUAUCACCGCUUCUGCUGCUACCUCUAUUCCGGCUACUGCGAACGUGUCCUCACCCCUCUCGCCUCUCACCUCCUCGCACGACAGGAUCCAGCUCGCACCGCUCAUGCGGGGCGGUCCUGGAAUAGCGUCUCCGCCCCCGUCUUCUUCCUCUGGUUCACUUUCUGCGUCCGGAUCCGGAUCUGCACCCUCCUCCGGGCCCGGGUCCGCGAGUGGUGGUGGUGCUCCGACGAGUACGAGUCCGCAGGGGUAUGGGGUGAUCCAGCUACGGUCGGGGGGCCGGAGCGAGUACGGAACGAGGGAGAAGGAUGGGAGAGAAAGGGAGGAACAAAGGAUCUCGAGUGGGCGGGACAGGGGAGAUAGGGGAGAGACUCUGAGGGACGAUGGAAGUGGGAGUGGGAGGCAGAGGGAUGAUGGACGCCAGAGCGCGGGGAAGAAGAACCCGUUGAGUAUCGGGAGUAUCAUCUCGGAGAGCGAUGCGCGGUAG